AUGCCAGAUACGUACAGCAAGAAUAUGCCUCGCAAUGAGGCAGAGGCAGAAAGGCUCAAUGAGCAAUUCGACCUGACAACCCAGAACAUCGGAUACCUUAUACACCCGAACAUUAGUGCAGCUCUACUACCAACCUCCCGCAUCGCUGACAUUGCCACUGGUACCGGUAUCUUUCUGCAGAAAGUCGCAGAAAUCUAUCCCGAGGCGACCUUACAUGGCUCCGACAUCUCGACUGCUCUCUUCCCUCCAGCAACCACCCUGCCACCAAACGUACAGCUCUUUCCACUUGACGUGCUCGAACCCGUUCCGGAACACCUGGUCGGCACUUAUGACCUUGUCCACGUGCGCCUUAUAGUAGCCGGCCUGCUUCCAUCUAGCUGGAGCGGAGUAGUGAAGAACCUAUGCCGCCUCCUGAAGCCCGGUGGUGCACUGCAGUGGGAGGAGUGUAAUUUUGGCAGUGCAUGGCAUUUGCGUGGCGGAGAAAAUACAACCUGCUCUGCAGCACGACGCUUAAGCAAAUUAUUUAGGGACGGCAUAGGUGAACAGUUACGGCACGGAUGGGACUCUUUGGACAAUAACAUGCUCUCUGCUGGGCUUGUCAAUGUUGGCCAUGAUAUGGUUAGCUCUGACAGGAUUCCUGGGACGCGCAAGGCCGUUUCGAAAAAUGGCAUGGUUGCUCUAAUAUCGUUUGCGAGGAAACGAGGUGGCAUUCCCCCAGAAGAGCUCGAGUCCGUUGUUGAGCAGGCUUAUAAGGAUAUCGAUUCGGGAUGUUAUGUUCGCUACGAUACGCACAUCUUUUGGGGUUUCAGGCCCAAGAGUUCGUAA